AUGAAGACAGAUAUUUGCCGGAUAAUAGAAAAUACUGAUCGGGACAUUGCCAUUACCCAGCGGCUGGAAAGGAUGCAAGAUCAGUUAUCGUACAUCGUUAAGGAUACAGAGACAUCGAAACAUACUUUGACAGCACGAUUGGAAGCUCUUCCCUCCUCGAUCAGCGAGAAGCUUCAGGGCAAACUAACUGGUGUGUUCCACCUAUUCCAAAAUAUCAAAUUAUUUCGGAGAUCCUGA